AUGGAGGUUCCCACAGCCAGUCGUGCCGCAAUUGUCCUAGAUGAGGACUUUGAUGUCGACGUGCCCUUGAAGAUUGUAGGCCUGAAAGCAGCAUCUCACCUGAACGAGAAGGCCUGCUACAUUCACAAAUUCAACAACAACACUCAGAGAUAUGAGGUGAAGCUUGUGGAAUCAGGACAGAUCAAAAGCGUGCAGCCGGCGAAUCUGCAGCCUUUAUCUGGCGUCGACGAAGUCGCGGCUUGGGCCCAGCUGCUGCACCGACAGGAUUUGGAGGCGCACGAAGGACUCGUUCCUCUGAAUCGCCUGGAGAAGCUGCACAUCACCGUUGAGAUUCUGACGCAGACACAGGUCGGGAAGAUCGUGAACGAGUUCGCAAAGCGGUUCAUGCAAAGUGAUGCCAGCAUGAAGGCACGGCAGCUUGUGUCCGCCUGGCGCGUGAGCUUCGCAAAGCAGAAGGAAGAGGUGGAGAAGUCCACUCCUCGCGGGAAGGCCGGGCCUGCGGCAGGGCAGGGCCAGGGCUUCGAGAAGCAAAGCGACGGGAGGCAGACGCGGAACAAGGCCACGUGGGCCAAGGCCUUUGCGGCCGAGAAGAAGAGCUCGGAAGCGCCUUCCGCCGCGUCGCGGCGCGCCGCCGCGUCCGCCGCGCCUGCCCAAGGCCCAGGCCCGGGAGGCGACAAGAGCGACUCCUUCUCCCAAGGGGCGACCGGAGGAGGGGCGAAAAGCGCUGCCAAGAGCGGCCCGUCUUCAAAAGACGGGGCUUUUGCUGCGGCGGUGCCAGUGAAGAAAAUGUCAAGUCCGCAGGACGCCAAAGGUCUCUUGGAAGCGAUGCGCACUGCCAGCACGGCAGAGGCCCGAUUGGGCACCCUCGCGGCGUUAAACCAGUCGCCUAAACAUUGCAUGCACCAAUUUGUCAAGGACGGCGGCCUGGAGAUCUUGGAGAAGUGGCUGCGAAAGAACCCUGAAGCACGAUAUACCUGUCUCCUCGUUCUGCAAAGGCUUCCUGUAGCUCUGCAGAAUCUUCAGAAACCCAAACUGAUCGAUUCCGUGACCGAGAUCUUUGAGAAGGACGAGGAGGAGAACUCAAAGCAAGCCGAAGCCGUCCUGGCCCGAUGGAGGUCCGCCGGCUUCCUUCCGAAGCUUCCAGAGGAGCAGCCGACGUCGAAUCGCCAGCUUCCAGGACACGAGACCUGGGCGCCGGAAGUCCCCGGGCCCGGCCCCGCCGCGCCCGCCGUGCCGGCCGCGCCGGCCGCGCCGGUGGUGCCCCUUCUUCCCGUCACCGAAGUCCAAGAGAGCGGGAACGCACAGCCCACCGAGGUGCACGCGCCGAGGACCCCGCCGCUGAGCGAGCUGCCGGCGGCUCGGCCGGAAGACAUCCCACCGGAACUGAGGAACCUCGAUCGUCGCAUCGCUUUGGUCUUGAUGCAGAAACCGCACAUGCUUGAGUUUCUGAAGAAGCAUCCAUCCGUCUUUGCAAACAUGAAUGUAGACAGCCUGGCCUACAUCGGGCGCAAUCUCAAGAAUGCGCGCAGCUCUCUGCAAGCACAGGACAGCAGCGACGCCACAGGCCGCACCGUGACCAUCUCAAACCUUACCGAGCUCACGACUGAGAAAGACAUCGUGGAUUUCUUCGCGGACGUCCAGCUGCAGGCUCAGAAAGUGGACCUUCCGCGCGAGAGCCGACGGAAGCGGCCAUGUGGCACUGCCUUUGUGGUGCUUCCUUCGUCGGAGCAAGCAUCGUUGGCAGUGUCGACGCUCAACGGUCAGCUCUUAAACGGGAAGAGCGUGUCCGUGGAGUUGGUGGACGGCUCCCUGGACGACAGCGAGGGCGAGGGCGAGGGCGGUGAGGGUGGUGAGGGUAAUGGAGCUGAUGGUUCUCGAGGAUCCAAGCGUGUUCGUUGGCGCGACGACGACGAGCUCUGGCAGGUCGUGGUCUUCUCACCCAAGGAGACCGUCCAUGAGCUGCAGCAAAGGAUCGAGAAGCAGGACUUCGCACCACCGAGUGCCAAGGUUGCGAAACACUCCACAACACACACUGCAAGUUUCGAGGCCGCAAGACGGGUGGAAGCAGAGCUGGAGAGGCAACAUGCCCCCAAGGCAUUGGCCAGCAGUGGCGUCUACGUCUCACUUGCGGGCUGA